GGGAAGGCCAGAAAAUGGCAAACAAUAUGUGGAUAUUUGUUCUAUUGGCAGUAUUUGCUGGGAUACAUGAAUGUUCUACACAAGUGGAACCAUCCUUCAAAUAUAUGACUGUUUACAUGUUCAAUUCAAAUACUAAGGAGAAGGCCAAAAAUGAGCUCUAUAUCACCUCCUAUUUAUCUGAUACGAACGUGGUUGUCACUGUCAACGGGUCUCCAUUCAAGAAAGAGCUGUCAAUGCAAGGUGGAGAGCGUGUAACAGUGGAGGUACCUUCUGACACAGAAUUGAUAGGCACCGGCAAAUAUUCAAAAACAGUCAUGAUUCAAUCCAACAAGUUCAUCACCAUUGUGUCCGCCAAUCUGAAGAAAAAUUCAUAUGACACUUCACUGGUGUACCCGGUGACAGAAUGGGGCCAAGAGUAUUAUAUCUUCACUCCAGCAGCCAGGGGAUACCCAAAAGAGUUUGCUGUUUUUGGCUUGGAGGAUUCUACUUUUGUGACUGUAGAGUUGACGUGCACUGUUACCUUUGAAGGUAAAACUUAUAAGCCAAAUGAAAAACUUACUACCCACAUACAUGCAUCUGAUGUUCUCUACCUGGAGUCCAAUGGGGACAAUGAAGACUGCACUGGGUCAAGCGUGGUGUCAGACAAGCCAGUAGGGGUCAUCUCAGGACAUGCUUGUGCUUGGAAGAAUUCCCUAUGUCAGCACGUUUUUGAACAGCUGUUACCUGUAGAGCGAUGGGGUUCAUACUUCAUUGUCCCACCUCUAGAGUAUCAGGUCCUGAUGGACUCUGUGUUUAUUUUUGCUUAUAAGCCCACUCGUGUCAGUUACAAACUUGGUGCCAAAUCUGAGAACAUUGAUCUCAAUGGUGGUCAGAGGAAAGAGAUUCUAAUGGACAGGAGUUCACCAUUGAUCAUCUCUUCCACUCAGCCUGUCCAAGUCCUCUACUACUGCACUGGUGGUAAAUUUAGUGAUAACACUCAAUUUGACCCAUUUCUCACGAACAUUGAACCAACUGAUAAGUUCUGUGAAUCCCGCACCUUAGAGGGUAUGGAGGGGGUUACUAACUAUGCCCUUAUUGUUGCCAAGACCAAGGAUAUUAAGGAAGUGCAAUUCGAUGACAAGCGUCCACCCUUCAAGUGGCUGCAAGUUGAAGGAACAGAAUACUCUUGGGCUCAUUACACCUAUGAUAAAGGAAGAAGUCACCACACAAUCAAGAGUCCCCAUGCCCCCAUUGGGGUUUAUAGUGUUGGCACAGUGGAUAGGAACAGCUACGGAGCUCCUGCAGCCUGUGGACUACUGACCUGUGCCUACAAGGGCAAGUUCUAUCCAGCUGGGAAACCCUUCUGGGAUGACUCUGCCUGCACAGAGCUCUGCGAGUGCAAUCCUUCCACAGGUUCAGUCAACUGCCAGAAAUCUCAGUGCAAAGUGGGGGAGGAGUGUAAAGUUGUAGCAGGUGUGAGUACAUGUGUGGCAACACCCACUGAAGCGGAACCAGCCUUCAGAUAUAUCACUGUUUACAUGUUCAAUUCAAAUGCAAAGGAGAAGGCCACAAACGAGCUCUACAUCACCUCCUAUCUAUCAGAUACGAAAGUGGUUGUCACUGUCAACAAGUCUCCAUUCAAGAAAGAGCUGUCAAUGCAAGGUGGAGAGCGUGUAACAGUGGAGGUACCUUCUGACACAGAAUUGAUAGGCACCGGCAAAUAUUCAAAAACAGUCAUAAUUCAAUCCAACAGGUACAUCACUAUCGUUUCCACCAAUCGGAAGAAAAAUACACUUGACACUACACUGGUGUACCCAUUGACCGAAUUUGGCCAAGAGUAUUAUAUCUUCACUCCAUUGGCCAGGGGGUACCCAAAAGAGUUUGCUGUUUUUGGCUUGCAGGAUACUACUUUAGUGACUGUAGAGUUGAAAUGCACUGUCACCUUUGAAGGUAAAACUUAUAAGCCAAAUGAAAAACUUUACGCCUACAUUAAUGGAUUGGAGGUUCUCUACCUGGAGUCCAAUGGGGACAAUGAAGACUGCACUGGGUCAAGAGUGGUGUCAGACAAGCCAGUAGGGGUCAUCUCAGGACAUGCUUGUGCUUGGAAGAACUCCCUAUGUCAGCACGCUUUCGAACAGCUGUUACCUGUAGAGCGAUGGGGUACAUAUUUCAUUGUCCCACCUCUAGAGUAUCAGGUCCUGAUGGACUCUGUGUUUAUUUUUGCUUAUAAGCCCACUCAUGUCAUUUACCAAUUUGGUGCCAAAUCUCAGGAGAUUGAUCUCCGUUCUGGUCAGUGGAAAGAGAUUCAAAUGGACAGGAGUUCACCGUUAGUCAUCUCUUCCACUCUGCCCAUUCAAGUCCUCUACUACUGCACUGGUGGUAAAUUUAGUGAUAACACUGUAUUUGACCCAUUUAUCAUGAACAUUGAACCAACUGAUAAGUUCUGUGAAUCCCGCACCUUAGAGGGUAUGGAGGACUUUACUAACUAUGCCCUUAUUGUUGCCAAGACCAGUGACAUUAACAAAGUGAUAUUUGAUGACAAGCAUCCAUCUUUCAAGUGGCUGAAAGUUGAAGGAACAGAAUACUCUUGGGCUCAUUACACCUAUGAUAAAGGAAGAAGUCACCACACAAUGAAGAGUCCCCAUGCCCCCAUUGGGGUUUAUAGUGUUGGCACAGUGGAUAGGAACAGCUACGGAGCUCCUGCAGCCUGUGGACUGCUGACCUGCACCUACAAGGGUAAGUCCUAUCUCCCUGAUGAACGCUUCUGGGAGGACUCUGCCUGCACACAACUCUGCGAGUGCAACCCUUCCACAGGUUUUGUCGAUUGCCAGAAAUCUGAGUGCAAAGCUGGAGAGGAGUGUAAAGUCAUAGAGGGCCAUAAUGAAUGUGUGGCAAAAGGCAUUACUGCACCUGCAUAUGCAGGAGAAGGAAAGAAAACUCAGACAAAUGUGAUUGUGAAUAUCUACAAGUUUCCAAUGAACAAAAAGGUGGACACGCAAGGUUCAAAAUCUGUGACGGUGGAAAAAGGGACCCCUGAAAUUGAAAUUCAUGGUGCUGGCAAAUAUCCAAAAACGACAGGUGUUCAGACUAACAAGGUCAUCACCAUUACGGGCGAGAGUCAAGUGAAGAAUUCAGUUGACCUAUCACUGGAGUACCCAGUGAGUGAAUGGGGCCAAGACUAUUAUGUCUUCACUCCACCAGCAAGAGGAUACCAAAAACAACUAGCUGUCUUCAGUGGACCGGAUGCCUCUUCAGUAUCAGUAGAUUUGAGCUGUACUGUUAGCUUCAGAGGUGAAACUUAUAAUCCACAUGACAAACUAACUGUAAAUCUUGGCGCAUCUGAGAUUGUCUACCUGCAGUCCGAUGAAGACUGCACUGGGUCAAGAGUGGUGUCAGACAAGCCUAUAGGCGUCAUCUCAGGACAUGCUUGUGAUUUGAACUCCAAAUGCCAGCACACCUUAAAACAGCUGUUACCUGUAAAUCAAUGGGGCACAUCCUACAUUAUCCCACCUCUAGAGUAUCAGGUCCUGGUGGACUCUGUGUAUAUCUUUGCUUCAAAGCCCACUGAUGUCACUUAUCAGUUUGGUGACAAAUCUCAGGUCAUUAAUCUCAGCGCUGGUCAGUGGAAAGCACUUCCAAUGGGUAAGAAUACACCAUUAGUCAUCUCUUCCACACAGCCCAUUCAAGUCCUCUACUACUGCAAUGGUGGCAGAUUUAGUGAUGGCUCUGUAUUUGACCCCUUUAUCAUGAAUAUUGUACCCACUGACAAGUUCUGUCAGGCCAACGUCCUAGGAGAUAUGGACGGCUUGAAUAACUAUGCCCUUAUUGUUGCCAAUACCAAGGACAUUAAUGAAGUGCAAUUUGAUAACAAGCGUCCAUCCUUCAAGUGGCAGCAAGUCCAAGGGACAGAAUACUCUUGGGCUCCUUACACCUAUGAGAAAGGAAACGGUCACCACAUUGUGCUGCAUCCCUCUGCUCCCAUCAGGGUCUACAGUGUGGGCACAGCAAAACGAAAUGGUUAUGGAGCUCCUGCCUCUUGUGCUCGAUUUUCAGGAUUUCGUCUGAAAAAUUGAGGAGAUAGGCUAAUGAACGAAAUAUUGAUCUUACUCAUCUUGAGUUGACUUGGAAGUCUUAGGAAUUCUGGACUCAAGAGAUUUGCUGGAAUGGAAACCAUAUCUCUGCUUUACCUUUGGUGGCUAUAGAAUCAAAUGAACAUGGGAAUGGUGCCUUUAGUGUCUAUUCUUUUCUACUGUAUUACUUUCUUAAUUUUACAUUUAAAAAGGGAAGUUAGCUUUAAUUCUUCGUGUUACCAUAUCAACUUAUGUUAAAGGGUUCAGUGCGUAUUGUCCAAAAUUGAUUAGGUGUGUACAUUCGAUUUUCCGUGUACAAAAUGGACAUCACUUCUAGCCCUAGAAAUGUGACAAAAGGGAAAAAAGGUUCACAAGAACUUGCUAUAAGCAGUUAAAAACAGUUUUAAGUGUGACAUUUUUUUAAACUUUCCUCCAGUGUUCAGAUCAAAUCUGACCUAUUUACAACUUUCCUAAAUCAUAAAUAUAGUGUUUUUCAUCUGAUUGCCCCAAGACCUUAUAUUUUCCUCCACACUAGGCAUUUCCUCCACACUAGGCAUCCCCAUACACACACCCACUCACCCACUCACCCACACAUCCACAUCCACAACCCCU